AAUUAAAUUUCAGUGACUUCCAUCUUCCCAAUUAUUCAUUUUCCACAAAAACAUCAAGGUAGCAUCACCACCCAUACGCUUGCCUCUUUACUUGUUCUCUCACUCUCAUUCUUAUAAAUUAAAUCAUCUCGUCAAUUCUUGCAACAGAAUAUCCUCCAAAAGAAAAAUAUUAUAUUUUUCUAGAUCGCUGUACAUUGUACAAAAUGGAUACUCUACCAAACGAUGUAUUCCUCGCUAUAGUUGGAUGUGCGGACGUCAAGACAACACUAGCUUUGAUGGGAACGAACAAGCGACUACGUUCGAUUAUCAUCGCUUACCAGCGCUCUAUCACCAAGGCUAGUCUCGCAAAAUGUAUCGUUCAACCGCGAGGACAUGUACUCUCGUCAGACCAAUCGCGUCGGCGUCUCAAGUACGGUACCUUUAAGAUGCGCCGAGAGCUAGAGAAACGCGAGUCUCGGAUCAACCAGAUCCUCAGCAACCCGACCUGCGUCAAUCUCGCAUCGCCUCCGGGUCUCGGCCCCUUGACUUUCGAGCAGCAGAAGCACUUGUUCUCCCUUCUGAAGCGUGCGAUGCUGCAAUGCGACUACAUCGCAGACAUCGCAGUGAACGACUGCGAGCCCGUAGAUAUUUACGGUUAUGAGAUGCUUAUCUCUAACUACUACGAGCUGAGCGACCUAGUCGACGAUGUCCGCCAUUUGGAUCCCUACACCAACUACCCCGCUCGCCCGUUCCAGCUCGAGUACAUCAAGAGUCUUCCCACCCAGGAUAUCGUAAUGAUGUAUUACCUGAAGAACAUCCUCGGCGCAAGCUACCUCUAUGCAACUAGGAAGUGGAUGAACUCGGACCCGGUUUUCUAUGAGCGCGUCGUCUUCGUGGAGGAGUGUGUGCUCCGACACGGCUCAUGGUUCACAUGGGCGAAGUUCUUUGGAGGUGCUGGUUGGCGGGCGGUUACCAACGGCAUGGAGAAUAUUGGCCUCGUCGAACUCACUGGCUUCGAGCUUGGCGAAGAAGAAGACGCCCUCCCUAGUCUACAAUCGGGACUGAUUGAGCGGUUUAACGAACUGCACUCUUCCCCCGAGAACAGCAUUUUGUCGCUACGCAAGGUCGUCAAGGACCUAAUCACCGGAGUCAACGAGGACGAGCGCAUUGACGAGGGCGCCGACGAGGACUCUCAACACAAGCAAGCCUCACAAGGAGACACCGGAAUGGAGAUUGAUACCCAGGACUAAACCGUCCUGGGUUGCUAUAAUAUGAGAUACGAGAGUAACGGAUGAGGGGAUAGGGUGAGGUGCAUGGCAUUGAGCGAGCGGCGUCGGGUUACCCUUUGCAUUUAAGGGAUUAUAGUUGUGUUUUCGUUUGUUUUCUUUUUAAAAAAAAUCUCCUAUGCAUAUUCUAUGCAGGGCUAUAGAUUUUUUUUUCCGAACCAGCCAUCUCAGCGUCGGCGGGCCUGGUCAGCUUCAGGUCUCUGUGAUUUCCCACAUACAGCGACAUAUUGUCGGAAAUCAUAGCGGAUCUAUAGCGGACAGCGGGCAGCAGACCUAGAAGAGCAGAUCGAUGAUGAUAUUAGCGAUUUUUUUCAAUGAAAUUCAUAAAACCCAAAUCUUGAUCCGAUCACCUAUAAUGCCUAAGAACCAACCGGAAUCGUAGGUAUAGAUAUCCCAAGACGAAAUCCCGCCAGGAAUGCGUUGAAGUCUGGGUAUUCCAUGUCGACAAGGUAGUAUACGAUCGAGGGGAGUCGUGCUAUUCUAGCAUACACUCGAAAAUAGUAGCAUGGUCUGUAUAUGAGCGAUUGAGGACAUGGGGAGAAAUAGAUAAAGAGUCAAUCGCUCUGUUGAUGUGAACCUGAAAGAGGCUAGCGUGGGCGCCUUCCAAGUCAUUCACGCAAGAUACACCCGCCUCUUAUGACAUAUGUGGCUGUUCUUGACGUCGCUUACCUAAGUGAUGC